UUGUCCAUCUCGCUGACCUCCCCUCUAUCCCCUGUGGGGACCCCCUCUCCCCCCAUCUGCUGUUUAAUGCUGCCGCCCCCUCGACAAUGAUACCAUGUAUUAACUGGCUGCAGCCUUUCCUAGCCUUGAUAUCUUCCACUCUGCUUACGCGGGGUCUCAAUUGUCCCUCCAGCUGUGUGUGUCCAGACCACCACACUGUGGACUGCACCGGGAAAGGGCUCACCAGAGUUCCAGACUCCAUCCCUCUGAAUGUUCGCCGGCUCCUGCUUUCCAACAACUGGAUUCCCUGGAUCCCUUAUGACUUUUUGGUCCUCUACAGCGAUCUGGUCUAUCUGGACCUGAGGAAUAACUCCCUCUCCCAGCUGGACCCAGGCACCCUGAGCACCUCCUCUAGAUUAGUGUUUUUGGACUUGGGGAGCAACAACCUGUCUGAAAUUACCUCUGAAACGUUUGGGGAGUCUAGGAGUCUGAUCAAACUGCGAGUGGGGAACAACCCCUACCUCCACAUGGUGGGCAGAGAUGCUUUUAAAGGGCUGACUUCUUUGAGGGAGCUGGAGCUGCAGAGGAACGCUCUCUCAGCUCUGGACGUUGUGGUCCUGGAAUCCCUGCCCUCCCUGAGGAUGCUGCGUCUGGAGGGCAAUCCCUGGCACUGCAACUGUCACUUUGCCAAACUGUUUGUAUGGCUGUCAGAGAACAGCCACAAGCUCCUAAAGGGUCUGGAGGGGAUAGAGUGCUCCCUGCCUCUGGAUGGCCGGCGUGUUCCCCUGAGCUUACUGUCUGAAGAGAGUUUUCGGGAGUGCCGUGGGACCCUCACCCUAACUGACUACCUCAUCGUCAUCUUCUCCGGUAUCUCCGUCUCAGUGGCGGCCAUCAUCACCAGCUUCUUCCUAGCUUCCACAGUGCACUGCUUCCAGAGACUCAGCAAAGGCAGCAAAGCAGAUGAGGAAGAAGGCAAUGACUGAUGGAAACUCUUCAAUGCCAGACGAUCCCCAAAUGAGGAAAUGUAUUUUGCCAGGUCUCCAUCUUCCAUGCAGGGAAUGACAUCUUUGUCAAUCUGUGAAAUUAUCAAAAUAAAUGUAAGUUGUUUUACUCUCACAAUAACAAAAAGAUAUGACUAAAGCUCAGAGUUUGUGACUGCUGUAUCUAUAUGUUGUGUGUGUGUGUGUGUGU